AUUUCAGUUUAUAAUGCUGAAGUAUGAUAGUAUCUACCAAAAAGGAUGUUCAUUUUCAGCUGUACGUGCAAGGACUUCUUAAAUCUAUGUCCACUCCUUCCUAAAGGACCUGAAUGACUGAUAGUAGCAAUGAUGUCUUCCUAUGGGAAUGAAUUGUCAAAGUGGAACCUGAAAGUCAGAGGAUCAGAAGAGUUCCAGGAGGCAGAGACCUCACCCAGCUAUGCUAACAAGCUUUCAUCUGAGACCCCUAUUGGUGGCAUGGACCAGUGUUUACACAUCCCUGGGAAAGCAGACUCUGCCUACAGUUCUUUUUCCGGUGGCUCCAAUAUUCCAGAAUGUCAUAUUCCAUUGGGCUACAAUGACCAUGAUACUCUGCCUUUAGAACAGCUCCCAUAUAUGGACUCAGGAUAUGUAAGAGGUGUUUUUAAUCCUUGUGUAAUGCACUCUAAUCUUAAACAUAUAUGUCAAGACAAGCCAAUAGAAAUGAGCAUGCACAACAACAUGGACAAUAACAGGUCAUAUGGAAGCAUUUCUAUACCUGGGACAUUGUACCAACCACCGUCACCUGUGGCAAAGCUUCCACCUCCUCCUCCUCCUCCUCCUCCUCCUCACUCACCAUCCCCACCAGACUGGGCAGAUAGCUCUAAAGCUAGAAGAAAUACAGAUCAAAGUCAUUAUGGAAUUUGCUUUGACUACAGUAUUCAAACAGAGAAGUGCAUGCAAGAAACCAACAAAAUCCUGCCUUCUGACUCCCCAGCAGAUUGUUAUGAUGACUGUUGGCUCUCAAGAUAUAAAAAUAAAAAUAAAGCCAUAGGACUAGAAGACACUUGGUAUCCUGCCAAUCAAUACACCACAAAGAAAAAAGACUCUACAAUUUCCACCACGUCUUCUUUAAAUUUUCAAGACUAUUUAAAGUCUGAUUCUUCGGUCCACACACAGAAGAUUCAUAAUUCAGACCACAAUUAUAACAUUCCUGAGGCAAUGAACUCUAAGUCCUUUCCUUCACCACAUACGAGCCAUAAUGCUGUUAAUGAUACACAAGAGAACAAACAGUAUCUUUAUGCUUGCAGUGUACACAAACCACCCUUCACAGAGACAGAUCUCCCAUGUACCAUGUCAGUAUCCGGUAAACAACAGCUUUGUGGUGUUCUCAAAGCUGACGAGCAUUCAGGUUUGAAUCAGGGGAUAUAUGAGAGUUGGCCAAGCUUAAAGUAUACGGACAGCUCUCUUCCCAGUCUGAGUGCACUAGCAAAAAUUAAGACUUAUGAAGACAAGAAUCACUGCUUCAGUUCUGGGGAAGAAAACAGCAGAAAUGUUGGGCAGCCACUUCUGAAACAGCAACCUAGAAGGCAGAAGGCACCAUCUCAUGGUUUGGAUAUGGCAGAAAUUCAUCAUAGUGAAGUUUGUGAUACAGCCAACACCAUAUCUUAUUGCAAGCAUUAUGAGGACUCUGCAUCCCAAAUUUUCAAUGGAUUUAGGAGAGCAAAGCAAAAUGAAAUUAAUGGUAGCCAUGAUGUUCCGGCAAAGCCCAAACAAGAGGAAAUGCUGACGUCUAAGAAGGCUGAAAGUCUGUCCCAGGAUGACUUUGCCGAUAGAAAGAUAAAUAGAAAAACAACUCCUUUGCUUUACUACCUUUCUGGUGGAAGAAAUACCAACAUUAUGAGUGAUCCAAAUCAGGCUCAGCUACAAGAAGACUUUGAUAUGCGAUCUCCAAGGAGCGACCAUUUAGUUUCUGCAGAACCAAUACCAACAGGCAGUAACAACUGUAUAAAUGAGGCUGCCACCAGCCAGAACACAGGGCUAAUUCUAGGGAGCCCAGCAUCAUCAGCGGAUGAAAAGUUCAAGCAUGACUAUCGUGAAAAACUUAAAGUUGCUCAGAGAAAAGUUCUGAGAGAAACUUCUUUCAAGAGAAAGGAUUUACAGAUGAGCUUGCCCAUUCGGCUAAAGCAGGAGCCUUCCUCAAGGCCGUCCAUUCAGCAUCUCAGAUCUCUGUCAUUAUCGAGUACAAAUGAGGACUCCAAGUUGAUUCCUCCUUCCAAGCCCCUGGAAAACAUCAGUAAAGAGGAAGAGCCUCAAAGACCACAAACUAGUCGAAUUGGGGGAAGGAAAAGGAUCACCAAAGAACAAAAGAAGAUCUCUUAUUCUGAGCCGGAGAAGCUGAAUCAGCUGGAUGACCAGAGAGAUCACAGCAUGGCAUGUAGAAAGAAAAAUGCAAGGUCUAGAUCUGAUGAAUUCAGUGAACAAGAUACUAUGAUCAUCAGCAAUAAAGCUUUGGAAAAUCAAGGUAGGGCUCUUUCGAAAGUAGAACUGAAGCAGAUACAGCACAAUGCGCUUCUUCAGUACAUGGAACGUAAGACUGGACAGCGGCCUGCUACUGCCCAUACUAGUGCCCUGCAAAAGCCCCCUGUGCAAAUGAGGCCCUCGUUCUUGGAGAAGUUUGCAGAGGACAGCAUUUCCAAUUCCAGCAGUGGCAAAAAAUCACAGAAUAUUGAUAGUUCCUGUCCAUUUCUUGAUCUGGAGAGUAAUCUGGAAGUACCCCCUCUCGUCUGUUCUACAGCUUCUAUAGCUCCUGCUUCCAACAGGGGCAGUGUCAGUUCUUCAAUGUCUGAAAAGGUUAAUUGGACAAUGCAAUCCACUGUCAGUGAAGGAAGUUGUGCUGGCAGGUGUGCUUCAACUAAAAGUUUUCUUUACUCAGGUGCUUCUGUUUCCAGCAAAGGCCAUGGAAGAUCUAAAUCAACUCCUUCUCCUAUGCAGGAUUUUUAUACAUCCACAGCCUACCCUGCAUUGUCAUCUCAGAACCACAAAUAUUAUCACAUUUUGCCCAGUGCCCCAUCAGCGGAGGAAUUAGAAGCUAACCCAUCUGACUCUUUUGGGACUGCAAAACAAAACACUCAGAUGGCUGGAAGGAGAGGGAAGUCUAUGGAGGAAACUGGAAGUGCAGAAAUGGUUAGAUUAUCACCACUGAGUCAAAGUACAGAUCAGCUUCACUAUCUGAAAAGCUGGCAUACUUCUUCUGGGCUGAAGCCGGACGAAAACAGCCAAAGGCCAAAUCAUCAAAACAGCAUUCUGCAGAACUGUGAGCCUACAUCUGGACUUCUGCCCAGACAAUUGCAUCCUGAAGGUGUUGCAGGUCUAAAGGGAUCAAAUCCAACUGUCCAUGCACUUGGACAACCUCCUGGCACAACGAAACACAAGAGCACUUUCAUAAGUCUAGGCAAUCCAUCCAUGUGCCGCAUACCCGCACUUUCUGUGGGUAGAUUACAGUCUCAGAGUGUACCCUUGGAGCCUCUGCAUCCUUCAUCAGCUCCUUCUCCUGUUGAGACAGACAAUGAUGUAUUUAAGGAGUCUUUUACCAGUGGCUCAGAAAAGGCCUCAACCCUUCCCUUCCCCUGUAGACAAAGCAAGAAUUCCGUUACAGACAGAACAGUACCAGAACCUGCCUUGACUGUAUCAGUUUUACAAACUUCUAUGGAAGGGAAACAAAUCAAAGAAUAUAAUGCCAGCUUUUAUGUUACUAAGAAAGCAGAAUCUAGUCUUGGAAACAGACUAGAAAAUAGUGAAGAAAAUAUUUCUGCUGAGAAUUCACAGUGUCCAGAGAUGGCGCCUGAAUGUUCUGCUUUUGUCCUCAAAGAAAGAAUUAACAAAGAUUCUCAGCCAAAGAAGGAAAGAAGUAGCCAAUCCCAAAUGUCUAGUGCAUCAGGGAGAAUACAACAGCAACAGUUACAAGUGACCCACACAACAGGAUACUGCUCAGAGGACAUGACAUACUGCACAACUAUAUCCGAUAGCCAAGGAGAUAAAAAUACUGAUCAUCAAUUAGCAAAUGUGGAGCAAACUGAACACGAUCAUAUCUUUCAAGAGCAAGAUACAGCUAUGUCUACAGCACUGUUAAAAUCUCGAGAGGACCAGAGGUGUGAGGACCUUGCUGUUGAGAUUGUUGCUGAAGACAAGUCUCCAGUGGAUAUCCUCAGGCCUCAUCCUAUUAGGAAGACUACUUUAGACCUCAUGGAAGGCCUUUUUCCUGUGAACAUUUCAAUGUCUGACAGAUCCUUUAGAAUAAAGAGGAGAAAUCAGUCUGUCCAAGAAAAUGACCAAAGAAAUGGUGAUAGUGCCCCAGACCUAUCUCAUGAAACUGGGUAUUUUCUUGGACAGAGAGUAGAAGAUCCCACUUUACUAAUAAACCAAAUCCUGAGUAACAGCAGAGAGUGCCUCAAGGACCCAGAAAACAUCACAUUCAAGAAAAGAGAACUUAUUUCCAAAAUCCAGUUGCAGCUGCAGACUCUGAGAGAUGAGAAGGAGCUUAUCCAGUCUGAAACCAAGGAGUAUGCUGCUCAUGGUAAGGAGCUGGAGUCCCUGGUACAAGAUCUCUGCAAGCACAACGAAUAUGAGCGCUAUAUGAUGUUCAUUGGAGAUUUGGAGAAGGUUGUGAGCCUGCUGCUCUGCCUGUCCAGCCGUCUUGCUCGGGUCCAGAAUGCCAUGGGGAAAAUUGAUGAAAAUACAGAUGCUGAAGAAAAGCAGUCACUGAAUGAACGGCACAGCCUCUUGUCCAGACAGCGGGAAGAUGCAAAGGAACUGAAAGAGAAUUUAGAUCGCAGAGAAAGGGUGGUGUCAGGCAUCCUUUCCAAAUACUUAACCGAGAGUCAGCUCCAGGACUACAGGCACUUUAUACAGGCAAAAGCAGCACUAUUGAUUGAACAGAAGGACCUUGAGGAGCAGAUUAAGUUUCUUGAAGAGCAACUGGAGAGGCUGGAGCAGAGUAUUCCUCCUUAAUCCACACCAGCAAUCCACUUGCUUUCCUGAAUGAACCAUUUGUGCUAGAAAUCCUUACAGAACCAUUGCUAAGAGGCAAACAACGCCUCGCUUGAUGAAUUCUCAUAGUCUUCUCAGUGCAGCACUGUUGACAAAGGUUUAAUUGGCCUAGGCACACAUUCUUUGAGAAAAACAACAAAACCUUAAUUGUAGGUAGCAUAUUUUAUCUGGAAAUUACUGUUGCAAUGUGUGUUGCUGUGUUGUUUUACUUUCCUGUCAGUCAGUAUCAUCCCACUUUUUUAAAAAUCCAAAAAAUAUUUUCCUCUUUGUGGGUGGAAAGUGUUAUUUCAUAUGAGAAACGAUGUAGGCAUUUGAAUGUGAGACAGAAAAACAAAAACAUUGUGGCACAAUUCUGCAGACCGUUUAGGAAACUCCUGUUCCAGUGUAGUGCUGCAGGUUGCUCAUAACUGAAGUCUCUCUGAAAUAGCUUUCAAUCCAGCCUAGAGCUAUCUGCAUGCCACGGCUUUUUCUUCUGCGCCUGGACAUUCACCAGACAAUUCCUUGGGGCUAGAAGGACCAGUCCUUCUUUCCUUUCCAACCCAAAAAAUGAUUCUGAAUGUGUGUAAUUAAAAUAUUAGAAAACUUCUCA